CAUUUCUCUUCGUGCCAAAGCUAACAAUGGCUGUUUUGGAAGCUGCUCUCUGCAUUUUCUCCUUCUCUUCUUCUUCUUCUUCCUCAAAUCCUUAUCUCUUUUGUAAACGGUCUUCUUCCUUAAAACCUACUGCUCUGAGUCUUCGACUUCCCAGUAAUCUCUCUCCCGUCUUCUCUCUUAAUUUCCCUCUACGUUCCGGCGGCGAUAACUCGCGGCGGCUCGUCUCCGUACUAUGUUCCGUCGCGGAGAAAGAAACAUCAGCAGAGGAAGAAACGUCGCAGGAGGAGAAGACUGAAGAAACCCAGAAAUCAAACCUGAAAAGGAAGCUUUUUGUAUUCAAUCUUCCUUGGUCUAUGAGUGUGAAUGACAUCUCCGAGCUCUUUGGACAAUGCGGGACUGUGAACAAUGUCGAGAUUAUAAGGCAAAAAGAUGGGAAGAACCGAGGAUUUGCUUUUGUAACUAUGGCUUCUGGAGAAGAAGCUCAAGCUGCUAUUGAUAAGUUCGAUACUUCUCAAGUGUCUGGGAGGAUCAUAAGCGUAAACUUUGCAAGAAGGUUCAAGAAGCCUACUCCGAAACCACCCAACGAUCUUCCUUCUCCUCCCCCUGGAGACACUCGUCACAAACUCUACGUAUCUAAUCUCGCUUGGAAAGCAAGGUCAACACAUCUACGAGAGCUUUUCACUGCUUCUGAUUUCAACCCAGUCUCGGCUCGGGUUGUUUUCGCUGACCCUGAAGGAAGAUCUUCCGGCUAUGGCUUUGUCUCAUUUGCUACUAGAGAAGAAGCUGAGGAUGCAAUCGCCAAACUCGAUGGGAAGGAGAUAAUGGGCAGACCUAUCAUUCUCAAGUUUAGCUUGAGAAGCGCCAGUGAAUCUGAAGAUGGUGACACUGUAGGAGACAACAACACUUCUGAAGAUGGUGACACUGUAGAAGACAACACUUUUGAAGAUGGAGACACUGUAGAAGACAAAAACACUUCUGAAGAAAAAGUUUUGAAAUAGCUACUGCUACAAAGAACACAAAAAUGAAGAUGUAACAGAAUUUCACUAAACUAGACUUCAAUCCUGCUAAUGUGUGAUGAAUCACCAAACCAUCCAGCUCCAUCAUACCGAUAGAAUGUGACCUCGAGAAUCGCCAAGCCGAGGCUUCCAUUAGCCUUUUACUUGAACCUGUGGUAGGAGGGUUUUCCUCAUCAUGGUUUAUGUCCGGAAUAGUGAUUGUGACUGCGUUGUGCAAAGAUUCAUGGCUUCCAGAUCCGAUCAUGCCAGGAUCAAGCUCACACCGGCAAACAGGACAAGUCUUGUGUAACUCAAACCAAAGAUCAAUGCAAUUUGAAUGAAAGGGAUGACGACAAACCGUUAUGAGCCUAACUGUGUCUUCAUCUGAAAACUCUGACAAGCAAAUAGCGCAUUCCGUCCCGUGAUUUUUCAUUGUUGCAGAUGAAUAAGGGAACACGGGAAAGGACCGGAUGAUAAAUGGAUCAAGGCCGGGUUUUUCAGGCGGAGUGGCCACAUGGAUUAGGUCACUGUAAGGUGUUUGCUGAAGAUUCCAAGCUGAAAACAAGCGAUUCAGAAGAAAUCGCCAGAAGAAAAGAGAGAAGAAUCCAGCGAAAAUUACAAAGAGAAGAACGCCGAUCAAAACUAUGGUGAUGGGCAUGGAAACGGUAGGAAAAACAUCAGUAGUUGGUAUUGAUGUUGUUGACGACAUUUGAAGAUUGAUAACUCCAGAUCAGAGAAACCCCAAAUUCUACCAGUUUAGUAGAUUGUUUGGAAAAUAAGAAAAGUUUGUUCUAAGAAUUUCUUGCGAGAGAAGGAAUAUUGUUCAAGUUAAUAGAGAGAAAUGAGGAGAAGGACGUGGCUCUGUCCGAGUCACAGAGA